AUGUCCAGUGUAGGAGAUCACAGAAGGGGUGGUUUAGCAGUGGAGCCUGGUUCUUUCUUCCAGAUAAAGUCUAUUUCACAGUGUGAAGUAUCUCUUACAGUGUCCACCUAUCUUGCUGCUCAGGAUAAGGACUUGAUCAUCCUGAUGAUCCGCUUGAUGCGCUCCAGGGAUGAUCCACUGAGCCAGUUCCGGACCGCAGCUGCUCGCCUGCCGAAGGUUCCCCCGAGUUUCCUGCUGAACACUGAAGUGAUCCAGGAGAAAAUGCAGCAAAUUUUGGAAGGCCUGAAGACCAUCGCCUUACCGAUUGACCCUCAAAUCUGGAACUAUGGGGAACCUGUCCUCUGGAAUGAACUCCCAUCUUUGCAGUCAACUGAUGGAGUCGUAUUCAUGGAUACCUUUUACAACCUGUGCAGAUGCCUCCACAGGGAUACACAUAAGGUGGACACUUUCCUAAAGAUUCUGAAGAAGCGAAUGGCCUAUGCUGACACCUCCUGA